GUCAAUGUCCCACAAAGAUUGAUGUCACUGUCAGCUGUCAAAACACAUUCGAUAACCCUGUUCGUUUUUGUUGUUCUUGGAUUCUGUAAGAUUAGCACGUGUAUUUAAAUUAAAUAUAGAAAAAUAUUCAAUUUAAAAUGCCGCUAAAAGACGAGAAACCGCGGGUUUAUCUCGAAGAAUUUCGGGUGAAGAAUGCCCCCAAUGAUUACGGAGUGGCUGACGAAAAGUGGAGCUUCAAAAAGUUCACAAAAAAGUUUCGUAUUGUUAUCGUACGGAUGGAUAAUUUUGAAAUGGAAUUUGACUUGAUUGGAAUACAGCCAGCAUUCGCCAAUGCAUUUCGUAGAUUGAUGUUAAGUGAAGUCCCAAGCAUGGCCAUUGAAAAAGUUAUGAUCAGAAAUAAUACUUCAAUUAUUCAGGACGAAGUUCUAGCACACAGACUAGGAUUGAUUCCUCUUAAAGCUGAUCCAAGAUUAUUUGAAUAUCGCCAAGAAGAUGCAACAGAGGGAACAGAGUUUGAUACUUUAGAAUUUACAAUGAAAGUCAAGUGUACUGUAAAUAAAUCACAACCAAAGGAUUCAUAUAGAGCUGAAGACUUAUAUGAAAAUCAUAGCGUAUAUUCAUCGCAAAUGAAAUGGCAACCCAUGGGAAAUCAAGCCUCUGUUCAUAAGGAAGCAGAUAUUGGUCCUGUGCAUGGAGAUAUACUAAUAUCAAAAAUGAGGCCUGGCCAUGAACUGGAUUUAACCCUUGUAGCUGUCAAGGGCAUUGGAAAAGACCAUGCUAAGUUUUCUCCAGUUGCCACAGCUUCGUAUCGCCUUUUACCAGAAGUCACACUCACACGUGAAGUGCGCGGCAGUGAAGCGACACUGUUACAAAGUUGCUUCGCGCCAGGAGUUAUCGGGAUUGACUCUGAAGGACGAGCUUAUGUAAGAGAUGCCAGAUACGACACUUGCAGCCGAAAUGUCUACAGAUAUGAUGAAAUUAAAGAUGCUGUCGUUUUGAGCAGAGUGGGAGACCAUUUCAUAUUUAAUGUGGAAUCUGUUGGAGCCUUGCAGCCCAAUAUAAUAUUUGUGGAAGCAGUUAAAAUAUUACGAGACAAGUGUAAAUCAUUCCUAGAUGAGCUGAAUAAAUUUAAUUAAAAAUAA